ACACUUAAAGCAUCUGUGGAAUAUAUAAAGAAAAUGAAGAAAGAGAAGGAGAUUCUUGAAGCACAUAACAGAAACUUGGAGUCUAAAUAUAAGAACGUGGUAGUGAAAUUGUUAACAAGAGUAUGUCAAUUAGAAGUAAAGAUGAAAUUGAACGAAAUAAAAGAGGAAGUUGAUGGCAUGAAAACAAAGAAGAACAAGCUACAUAAAGGAGUGACAUGUGCUUUUGAAUCUAUGGUGGAAGAAAUGAGAAAAAACAACACUCCAGCUAAAUCAACUGACAAACCAUCUACUGCUAUUAAGAAUUUGAAGCCAAUUGUAAACUCACAACAAAUAGGUUGCACUUUUACUAAUUGUACUUCAAAGACAUCUGUAUUUCAAGACAGUCAAUGCAAAAAAAGAUUACGUGGUAAACCAGAAAACGGAGAAAUUAUUUUAAUCUCGGAUAAUAGUGUUCAUUCAAGUCUAGGAAGGAGUGUCAAAACCAGGAACUCUAUAGAGAAAAAUGACAUUCCAGAGUGCCUAAAACCUUCAAUAGACAAUGAAAAUAAGAAACUACGAUUUAAGACCUGCAAACACUCUAAAAAGUCCACCAGUGAAGUAACAGACAUUGAUUUUCUUGAUCUAACCGAUGAUGAUUUUCCUUUAAAGAAAUACGGUACUUCAAUUGCUUCAUUUACAAAAGGCAAAGUCUUAAAUGCAACUGAGGAAGACCCUUGUGCAUUCACUUCUGGUUCUGUUCAUUUGAAUGAAAAACAAAAGAAAGGGUCAGCAGGUCAAAUAUAUGUGACCACCGAUAUCCUUGAAACUUUGUUACGAAGGUAAAAUGGGGUCAUAAUUCUUUCCGAGAUAUAU